UAAGUCCGGCGCUGCCACCACUAUCAGUUCUCGCUAAGCGCUACUGUAACAGAUUAAUAUUGAUGGCAACUGAAACGUUUACACAAACACCCGAUCAUGUUCCAACGCACACAGCGGCCACACAACCCAAUACCAACAGCCUGCCAGCUGAGACCAUCGGCUUUGCCAACAGAAUGUUCGAUGCUGCGCGGGAGGGCAACACAGAGCUCCUUCUCCAAGCAGUCGACGCGGGCCUGCCAGUAAACCUCACAAACGACAAAGGAAAUACGCUAUUGAUGCUCGCAGCAUACGCAGGUCACGCAGAUCUAACCAAAGGACUUCUGCAACGCCAAGCAGAUCCAAACAGGCUCAACGAUCUGGGUCAAUCUAUGAUCGCGGGCGCUGUGUUUAAGUCUCACGAUGAGGUCGUGCGUAUUCUGGUCGAAGCUGGUGCAGAUCCGAGAAUAGGUAAACCCACCGCAAUAGAAGCGGCUCAUAUAUUCGGUCGGAAGGAGUUGAUGGAGGUGCUGGGUGCAAAGCAGGGUGACGUCGGUGCUGAUGUGCCUACCCCCCCUAGUGCACGUCCUGAGAAGUGAUCGCGUGAAGAAAAUUUGAACGAUAUGUAUCAUAGAUAAGCUGUGCCCAUGUAAGUCGUUGCAUCCGUUACUAGAACCCAUGACCUUCAAAGGACGUCCACCCCUCCCCCCCUUUCUUUAACUGUCCUGUCGAUGUAGUACGUUAGGCCAAAGUAAAGAGCCACUUUGCAAUAUGUGGCAUGAAUGCCGAGACAACGCGAAUCUAGGAAGGGUA